GUGAUUCAUAACAGAGACCCGUGUGUGGUGAAUGUAGAUGCGGUCAAAAACUUUCGGAAGAAUGUCGAGAUACGGCAGAUUCGUACAGCUUGAGCGUUCAUUGGUCCGAAUCGUACCAACGUGCUGCUGAUUACAUCGCUCGGGGUCACACAAAAAGGGCUAUCGAGGAAACCGUCUGCUCCGACUGUCGAUAAGUUUCUUCGGUUGUUCUCGUCUACAUUUCGACCACAGGAAGUGCUUGAAUAAAUCCGAACAAGACCCAGAGCUGUGGGCGAAAUGUGGGCGCCGAGCUCGGAGCCCGUGAUUGAGGGUUUCGGGGAUGAAGUCGUGCUCGUCCUAGGCGCCACCUUCGGAUACGUCAUAUUCACAUGUUAUCAGCUAUACCGAUCCAUGUCCCCCGAAAUCGUCGAGGACGCGAGCCAAUCACAAUCGACUGCGACGGACUCGAGCACAACUACAACCGUUCCAUCUCCUCCCACCAUCCAUGAUCAAGCACAGCCUGAGGCUGAUAAACGGGAGGCAGAGCCAGCUCCAGAGCCUGAAGAAAGUCCAGAAGACACUUGCGAGGUGCCGAUACGACUCAAAUAUCUUGACGAUGUGACCACCACCGUGAACUGCACGCUAAGCACGAAGAUAGGCAUCUUCAAGAAUCGUUUCUUCUCGCAAGCCUUUCAACAAGGGAAGAUGGUUCGACUGAUUUGCUACGGGAAGCUCCUGAGCAAUGACCAACAGAGCUUGAGACAGUCUGGGAUCAGUGCGGAGAACAACAUAAUUCAUGUCCAAGUGUCAACGCCACCGGCCGCAUCACCCGAUCCAACUACUCGGGAAACCACGCCAGCCCCUGUCUCAAGAUUCGAAGCCAAUGUUGCUUCAUUAGCUUACCUGAUUCUAGGAGGGAUGCUAGCUCUCUUCUGGUAUGCUCACUUCCAGUACCGGGAGCUGUUCACCACGUCCGCCACGACUGCUCUAAUCGGGAUUUCGGGUUUAUUUUGUGUUUUUGUCUUCUCACCAGCGCCACCGGUCUACUUCAUGAAUUUAGCGGAGCGCGACUUCUGACGACGCUGAACGUCCUCGAUCGAAGUGACGACUUUUAUUUAUACCUCCGCUGAGAUGCACAAAUCUCUGGAAAAUAAUAGGGAGGAAUAUUCCCAAGUGCUGGAUCACUACCGAGAAUCCGAGCAUUCCCGUCAUAGUAUGGCACAGUCAUCAUAGGAGGAAUCAGUCCUGACGAAUCGCUUACAUCGAAAUCGAAAGUCAGAUUUCGUUGAUUUUCAUCCCGAUAUAUUGUUAGUAUCCCCAAUUUUUCGGCUUCAAAGGCUGUAUCGGAUGUGAUGAAGACACAUCAUUGUUAUGUUUGUUUCGAGUUUAGUAUCCGAAUGAGUUGCUUUCUCCACAUGACACAAUCGUCGACAUGGAAGAUUCUCUCUUCUCCUACAUGAGAGCUAGAUGAUUUCCUGCCACAGGCUCGGAGCUCCUUACGGAAAUGGGCUCCGAAGUCAGCGAACUCCGCCGCGUGCGGAAGCCGAUAUCUGUUCCGCGGGGUCGUGAUUAUCGAAUUUUUCAAAUUUAUUCAUCGCAUGCCGACAAGAAGGAUUCCACAGGACAGAAUAAAGAUUGAG